UUCUGCCACCUUUGAAUGUUUUCAUUUUUCAAUCUUAUGGAGAGUACUUAUACCAUAUUUGGUGCAUUGCUUUUGUCUCUUUUCAUUCAAAUACAUGGGAGUGAUAGUUUUCACAAAAAUUCAAUUGCAAAUAGAGGUUGUGAUUUAUUUUAUGGUAAGUGGGUGUUUGAUGAUUCAUACCCUCUUUAUGAAAGCUUAGAAUGUCCAUUUUUGGAGAAUGCAUUCAAGUGUGCUGGUCGUCCUGAUAAGCUCUAUCUCAAGUAUAGAUGGCAGCCCAAUGGUUGCAACUUACCAAGAUUCAAUGGUGAAGAUUUCUUAACAAAACUUAGAGGAAAGAGUGUCUUGUUUGUUGGAGACUCCUUGAGUUUGAAUCAAUGGCAAUCACUCUCUUGCAUGAUUCACAAAUCUAUGCCACAUAUCAAGUACAUCUCAGUCACCAACAAAGGUCUCUCUACCUUCACCUUCCCGAGCUACGACGUAAAGUUGAUGUUUUCCCGUAAUGCAUUUUUGGUGGACAUUGUAACUGAACGUAUUGGCCAAGUCCUAAAAUUAGAUUCAAUUGAAGGAGGAAGACUAUGGAAAGGAAAUGACAUAUUGAUAUUUAACUCUUGGCAUUGGUGGCCUCACACAGGAAAAAAACAAAUAUGGGAUUUCGUUCAGGAAGGAAAACAUAUAUACAAAGACAUGAAUCGUUUGGUUAUGUACAAGAAAGCUUUAAAAACAUGGGCCAAGUGGGUUGAUGACAAUGUUGAUCCUGGCAAAACAAAGGUAUUCUUCCAAGGAAUUUCACCUGAUCAUAAAAAUGGAUCAAAAUGGGGUCAAUAUGCAUCUACAUCUUGUAAGGGGCAAAAACUUCCAUUUCCUGAAUCCAAGAAUUUGGGAGGUCCAUACCCAGCUGAGUUGGCUUUGGAGAAAGUGAUAAGAGCCAUGUCAAAGCCUGUGCAUUUGCUCAAUAUUACCACCUUGUCAAAAUUGAGGAAAGAUGCUCACCCAUCUGUACAUACAGGACAUGGUGGUCAUACCAAUGAUUGCAGCCAUUGGUGUCUGCCUGGUGUUCCUGAUACUUGGAAUAUGCUUUUAUAUGCAUCUCUCAUUCAAAAUUAACUCUAUAGUGUAUUCAUUCCAUAGAAAAGAAUUUGUGAAGUUUCUUGUAUAAUAUAUUCAUUGUUUAUAUACUAUAUAUUCAUUAUGAGUCGCCCCAUAGAAAGGGGAACCAAUGUGCAGACUUCAUGACAAAGCUGGAAGCUAUGCCAAUGUGCAGACUUCAUGACAAAGCUGGAAGCUAUGCCAAUGGCACUUUUUCUGUUUUGUUUUUUUUUCCUGUCAUUUAUAUUUGUAACCAAAAAAACAAUUAUUUGUUGGAUUAUGUGGCUCUCAUUCAAUUCCUU